UUUCCAAAGAUAAAACUAUGUGCAUACACGGUUCUGCAAUUGAAUAUGAUUUGUGCAUUGUUGGUGCUGGUAUGUUUGGCAGCGCUGCGGCUAGACAUGCAUCCGUUAAUCCCACACUAAAAGUUUGUUUGAUAGGACCUGAAGAACCUACGGAAGAAGAGUUCAAAAAUCGUGAAAUCUUUGGAGCUCACUACGAUGAAGGAAGAAUUGUUCACGCAAAUGAAACUUGUGAAGCAUAUCAAACUUUAAAUAGAGAGUCCAUUAGCAGAUUUCGAGAAAUCGAGAAAUUAUCAGAUAUCAAAUUCUACAACCCAUGCGGAUCAAUGUUAAUAUUUGACCAACACCAUUAUGAAACUUGGCAUCUUUUGGACAAAAACACACCUGGGUGCACUCAGUGCGUUGAUCUAUCUUCAAAAGAUAUUUUCUACAGAAGGUUUCCGUUUUUCAAAGUAAAGGAAAAUGCAUCGAUAUUUUUUGAUGAUAUGGGAUCUGGUUAUAUUAGUCCGAGGAAUAUGGUUGCUGCGCAGAAGAAAGUCGCAAAAAUGCAAGGAUGUCAUAUAAUUGAUGACGUUGUCGAAGAAGUUAGAGAGCCAGUUAAUGGACUGCACGAGGUAAUAACUGAACACAACAUAUGUAUAAGAGCAAAAAGAAUUCUAUUGUGUCCAGGAGCUUUCAUAAACUUAAAAAAGUUUUACCCGAAUAAACCGCUGAAAACUUCUUUGCGUAAAGAAACAGCCACAUUUUUGAGCAUACCAAAAGAAGAAGCAGUAAGACUAAGUUCGAUGCCAACUGUGAUAACCCGUAACGAAGGUCCUAAAAAUCAGCCAGAUAUCAUUGGUUCCUAUAUCUUACCGCCGAUUAAAUAUCCUGAUGACAAACACUACUUGAAAAUUGGUCACAUAGGAGAGAUAGUAAACUCAGAAUUAACCACAUUGGAUGAAGUUAAGAAAUGGUAUCAAUCAACUGGCAGUGAAGAUACUCUGAGUUUCUUUUCUAGAAUGCUUAAGGAUUUAUUGCCAGGUUUAAAAGUUGAAAAGAUCUUUAAUGUUCCAUGCGUCACAGCUGACAGUCCUACAGGCUUUCCUUACAUAGAUCGAUUAACACCAACCGUAACUGUGGCAGCUAUUGGAAAUUCUAGGGGUGCAGCUAUGUGUGAAGAAGUUGGUCGAUUAGCAGCCCACUUAAGUGUUACCGGAAAAUGGGAUUCCAAAAUCUCAAAAUCACUUUUUGAAGUUAUCUAUGAAUGAUCAGUCAUUUCAAGCAUGUUUAAAUUAUUUUUCAUUCAAGAAUUGAUAUUGUAUAACUGUAUAUAAUGCAAUUUUUUAAAAAAAAAAUGGAGAAAAAUUAAGAGUUACUUAUUAUGAAAAUAAUUUGUAAUCUAAUUUAGCUCAUUGGAUUUUGUAUAAAUCUUUGGAAAUAUUGAAAAUGUUGCAAUCUGUAUGAAUCUUUGGAUUAUUGUUGAAAAUGUGGAAAAUGUUGCAUUUUGUAUGAAUCUUAGCAUUUGUAUGAAUUCUAAAUGCAUAUUUUCAUGAAGGUUGGUUUUAAUAUGAAUUUUUCAGGGAAAUAUAUUUUCAAGAGACAUUUUAGAAAGUUAGUUUUAACUGUACAGGCUGUCUCAUAAAUUGGGACUUAUCUUAAACAGCAAUUAUGACGUACAUACCAUGAAUUAAGAAAAUGCACCAGAGAGAUUUAUAAAAAAUUUCACAUUAUAAUUGUUUUAGUAUUUUUAAUGAUAAAAUUACUUUCGGAAACAUAAUGUAAAUACCCUAUCAAAUCAGAGGUGUACAGUUUAAUCUAUACCAUGUGCUACUUUUUUUUCUUUUUUUAAUCUCCAUGCUAACAAAUGAUGCUUAUUAAUACUUUUAAUUUUGCAACCUAUGCCAUAUGGUGAAAAGAAUUUCUUUCCCCAUCGUUUAUCCUUUAUAUUACCCUUCGAUGUAAGGGGUCUUUGACCCUUUGUGCUUGCAGGUCACAUCAAUAAAUUGCACAGAUUACGCAUCUAAAUAAUAUAGGCAUAAAAAUUCCAUAAUAUUGAAGAGAAUCAGAGCACAGUUUCCUAUUUGCUAUGGUUUCUAAAAUGUGGUGUUGUGCUAAUUGUAAUAAAAUUCUACUAGAAUUAAUUCAUUUUAUAUACUAAUAUUAUAACAAAAUAUGAUUAUAUUAUAUUGUCAUAAUAAAUACAGCUACUGCACUAAUGCGAAUGAAAAAAAGAUAUUAUGAAAAAAUAAACAUAUUUGAGGCUUGAAACUGUUUUCGCAUAGCAUCAACAACUUGCAAAAUAUUAGUACAGUAGAGAACCAUUUAUCCGGUAUCCAGAUAACCGGGAAACCAGAAAACCGGGAAAAAGUUUGCUCGAAUUUCCCGCCAUUUUAAACUAGAACGAAAAAAGCGGAAAUUGGACUCAUCCUUGUAGUUGAGUAGAGGUAAAUGUAAGGAAGGGGAAGAUUUUUUUCCCCGUUUACCCAGAGAAACGUCAUUUCCUCCGUGACCUUGAAGGCAGGGAAGGGAGGAAUGUUUUAUUUUUUAAUUUAGGCCGUCAAUCAAACUCAAGGGUGUGGCAUGCUGAUUUCGUUUUCUGCUUGAUUUACGAGGGGGGUGGGGAAAAUGCAUUGCAUGCAUAUCAGUGAAUAGAAAAAGAAAAGAGAAAAAUAUAUUUAUUUGACAUCGACUAAUAAAAAUAAAAUCUUUUUCUUUUGAAUAAAUUCUCAUUCUUUGGAAGAGCGGUAUCAAUUGCAAGUUUUUCUUGGUGUGGAAUCACAUCUGCUGUAAUUAAAAAUCUUGUUUUUAUCAACAAAAAAAA